AUGACUGCCACCCCCCACCCCUAUCACAGUGCUGUGUGUGUUACACUGCAGGGUACCCUGUGCCUGGAGAAUUUCCCAUCCCAGGCGAUGGAUUGGCACAAGUUGGAGGUGAAAGUUAGAAACAGCAAGGAACUAUUGCUACAGCCAGUGAUCAUCAGCAUAAAUUUAUUUAUUUAUUUUAUUUAUAAAUGAGAAAGUCCUAACUGAAGGGUCUAUCAUCUCUUGCUAGUUAGUACUGAAGUGAAGCAGGCUGAUGAGAUUGAGAAGAUCCCAUGUCACGAAUUUAUGUGCUUCAUGAUGAUGAGGAAAAACUUCAUUUUACGUGGGAAAACAGUUGAGGGCUAUGCUGAUGUUAGGUUCCUGAUCACAAAUCUCCAUACAGCGCAAAUACACAAGCAUUAGCUGGUGGACUUUGUCAUUAAUUUCAUGGAGGAAUUUGACAAGGAAAUCAGCAAGAUGAAGCUUUCAAUCAAUGCCAAGGAUCGCAUUGUGGUGGAGGAGUUGCUUAAAAAUUUCUAG